UGUGGCAACAGACACCGGAAGUUGGUUCAACGCUCCCGGAAGUGGGUGUCGCAGGCUUGGGCCAGCGUUGCCAAUAGCAGCGGGGAGGCAAAGGGCAGGGCCCCGUCCCCGGAGCAGAGCUCAUGGCCUCCCAGACGGACAAGUCCCUGCUCUCGGCAGAGCUGGAGGAGGAAGACGAUGAGGAGUUCAGACAGCUGCUGCUCCAGGCCACCCAGAAGAUCCAGAGUGCAAUGCCUUCGGUGCGUGACUCGAAGCCGAUCCAGCCUCAGCCUGGCUUCUGUAUUAAGACCCAUGCGGGCUCCCAGGAGAAGGUGUUUGUGAACAUCUGCCGGUCGCUGCACAUCCCGGCGCCCCCCGACCUCAGCCGCCAGGAGCUGGAGUGUCUCAUCGAGUCGGACAGCGCCUCGUCCUUCCGCAUCCCCAUGAGUCUGGGGGAGCCCCACGCCGAGCUGGACAACAGCGGGAACGGCUGCACCGCGUACGACGUGGUCAUCAACUCCGGCUUCUUCAGCAAAGUCGAGGCUGACCCCUUCUUCAAAGAGUUCUUCAUCACCAUCGCCCUCGAGGGGCUGGCAGACAAGUACAAGAUGGACAUCAAUCACCCAGCGUGGCGAAUCCUGAAGAACCGGAAGUUCAUGGGCUCCAUCUCCGGACAGACCAUCCGCACCAAGUCCAGUCCCAUCAUACAGGAGAUGGACUUCAGCUCCCCUGUGCUGCCCAAAUUCACCAUCCUGGCAGAGCCGGCAGGAGGGCCCCCCGAAUUCCUGCUGGCUGAGAUCCACCUGCCCAGAGUGGGCUCAGCGCGGGAACUCUCCCUGGAGCUGGGGCAGGACCGGGUCGUGUUGCGGGGGGGCCCAGACCCCUACGUCCUCGACAUUUACAUCCCCCACGACAUCGUCCCGGAGCGCAGCCACGCCCGCUUCCACCGGCGCACCGCGGUGCUGACUGUGAAGAUGCCCAUCCAGCCCCAGCUGGGGCCCCCCUGAGCAGACCCCCCCCCUCUGCCCUUAGGAGAGACUCCAGGAUCCAGAGUUGGGGGGCCUCCACCAGACCAAGGGGGAGCUGGCAUGUGGGGGGUUGGGGCUGUGAUGCCCAGCAGCAAUGGGUGGAUGAAGAGAACCAGGACUCCUGGCUUCUUUCCCCAGCUCUGGGGGGGGGCAGUGGGGUCUAGUGGUUGGAGCGGAGGGGGUGGGGCUAGGAGCCAGGACUCCUGGGUUCUUUCCCCAGCUCUGGAAGGGCAGUGGGGCCAAGUGGUUGGAGCAAGGGGGGUAGGGCUGGGAGCUAGGGCUCCUGGGUUUUUCUUUCCAGCUCUUGCUCCUGGCCUGCCCAGAGACCAGCUGUUGGGGGGGGGGCAGUCCCCUGCUGCCCUGGCGUAGGGAUGGGGGGGGCAGCUG